AUGCAGCACUCCGGCAAGCAUUUCCUCUCACAGUACCGGUGCGUCAUUACUGACGGAACACAGGACGGCGACGGAACCUGCGGAGACAUCACCGGUGCUUGCAGCGGCUUCUUCGUUGCGGGCUACUGCCCCGGCCCCAACACGGUUCAGUGCUGCGUCCCAAGUGAGCCCGAUUCGGAAGAUCCCGGCAACGACGGGGAUGACGGCGUUGACGUUGGUGACGAUGUCGAGGACGGCGUUGUCCCGGACGAGGAGGUCAAAAGUGAGCUCGAAGAAGAGUUUGGAGACGCCCUCGAAGCCGAGAAUGUCGAGGUUAAGAGAGCCGCGGCGUCGGUUCCGAAGAAGAAGACCAAAUGUCAGCUGAUCUACUAUUACGCCGCGAAGUGGCUUGGAUGGCCGUACGUCUAG